AUGGUGCACAUUGUUGGUGCAGUAAAAGAGCAGCUGCGGGUGAGCCAGAAGGAGCAUUCCGUGGCUGCACUUGAGCAGGCCUUCAAUACUCUGCAAGGGUUGGAAUUAGGGAAGGCCUCUGGAGAAUUGUCAUCGCCGAAUGUCUUUAGCGAGUUAUAUAUACUCUGUUGCGAGGCGGCGAUGGCGUUGGAGGUAUGGGGUGUGGCAGAGAGUUGCCUUAAAAACUUCAUGGGGAAGCGGGCGCCGACGAAGGCGUUGGAUGCGCGGGCGCUGUACUGUGAGGGCCUUCUCGGCCUACACGGCAUUCCCAGCUCCUCCCGAGGCAGGGAGAAGGUGACGCUGCACUUGCGUUGUGCCACCAAAAUUGUGACUGGGAUAAAAAUUGCGCUGGAGGAGUGGCCGAAGGAGGCACACACGCUCACUGCUGGUGUGGAGCACUUGUGGCUGGCCAUUCGUGACCUCUUCAACCCGGGGACAUUUGAUAGCGUGGUGGAUAUCGCGGCCUUUGUCGUUGCACUGCAUGAGAAGCUUGGCAUAGGAGGGCCGUUUUCUCAGCUUCAGUGGAUCACGCGGUAUGCGGGGUGUCUUCGCGGGGUUGGUCGCCAUCAAGACGCGGUGACGCAGCUGUCGACAGCCUCGGAGAUUGUCGCAAAGGUGGGGUCGGAGCGGCUGCAGCUUCAAUUUUUGCGUGUGCAAAUUGCCUUCUGGUCCAACCUGUCAGGCACCCGUUCGAAACAGGACUACACAAAGCCUGUCCUGCAGGCUCUCUACGUGGCGCAGUCGUUUUUCUGUGGUAUUACAGAUGAGAAUAGUGCGACGGCGGAACUUGUUGCUGCCCAUGAAAAACUGCUCCUUGAUCCAGAGAAGAAGGAGACAAAACUGAGGAGUCGCAAGGGAAUGGAGGCUGAAAUCACUUUCAGUGACCCGGCGCUAGUAAUGGACGUUCUUAGCGAGGUGGUGCUUGGACUUGCGUUAUGUGGGGCGGACGAGGUAUGCAAGGUAAGCUUACCGAAGCUGCUUCAAAGUGAGAGCGUUCGUCCCCGCCUUUUUGGUGAAUUUGCUCAGGCCAUUUUGCGUGCCCGCGCAUGCGGUUCUCUGGGCGCCGCCAAGGCGUUGGAUGCCAGCUACCUCACCAGAACCAUGGCAGAUGCCUUGUUUACCUGCAUCAAGGCUGUGGAAGGGACGAUGGAUAGUGCCCGCAUGAUUGAUGACUCUUCCGAACAUGCGUAUACACUGCAAGUCGGAUGCGUUAUUUUAUGGAAUCUAUGCCUUCCCCUUCUGCAGCCAGAGACACGUAGAAAAUUGCGUCUUACCUUGAAGCGCAUCAUGUUGUUGCUGACACAUUAUGGAUCGAAUUUGACGGCACUGCUUGUGCACGUGGCGUAUGAGUCGAGCCUAAUUGAGUUGGAGGAGGACAACCCAGCCUCUGCCAUUGAGCAGUUGGAUCGGGCACUUGCACUGAACUACUGCGUCGUUAACGCGGAGGGCAACAUGGUAUUCCCCAUGGAUUUUGCGCUACUUUGCCUGCGGCGACGAUGUGUGGUGCGGAAGGCCAUUGACAGCAGCGUUUUCUCUGCGCAGGAGGAUCAAGUUAUCCACCUCAUUGAACAGGCUCGAACCUCGGGCUCCGCGUCUAAUCGGCUUGUGCUCUUGCAAUCAGCCGUGACAAAGCUCCCGCCGCUAGGCCAGCUGUUGGAUCCAGGUACCCUGGUAAUGGAAAAGCAUCCUCCAUUGCGGGAGCGCUCAAAAGGGGCUCGUGCGAAAAGACACCCCGUUAUUGUUGAAUCAUCUGGUGAACCAGCGCCGCGGGUCAUUACAAACCCACUGGCUGCUAACAUUUACUAUCUCCUCCUGAAGGAGGCCAAGGAGGGAAAUAGUUCAGCUAUGCGCCCCAUCAUCGAAAAGGUGGCAAGUAGCCUAACUCAAAUUGAUGUGAUUAAUGAAACAGAGUCCAGAGACUUACUUGUUAUAAAGGCAGAGGCACAUUUGAGCAUGGCUGAGAUUUUGGCUACAACCGAUAGGAAGUCCAUUAGGGUGAAGCGGGAUUCUACAGCAGAUGCCAUGUCUCACAUCUCUGAAGCCGCAAAGAUUAGUAUUAAGCUGUGUGCGGCUGGUUACAGAGAGGAGUGGAUUGCUGUAAAUGCAUGUCUGUCGCUGAUUAGCUGGUAUUCCGAGAUGUUCCGCAAUGGAUUGUUCCUUCCUACUACAGUGGCGCUUGGAGAGCUGUAUGCGGCGCUCAAUCAAACCCAUGUUGAUCCCAAUAGAGAGUACAAGCUCUUCCAUGAUAUUGGUUUUGGUUACAUUAUGUCUAUUUUGCAAUCAUACAUCGCAUCUAAAGGUGAAGUAAACGAAGAGUUGGGUUGUGACACCUUGGCGGAGACACUGCGAAAGACCUUCUUAUACCCCCUCUGUGAGGCUGGUAACUCCAUGCUUCGGCAAGCAGGAGAGGUCUGUCGUGAGGUGAUGGGGAAGUGGCAGUUGCCAUCACAGAGGAAAAUGUUUUGUUUACUGGAUGCAUGCAUUCAUCGUCUACUUGAGCGAAACCCAGAGGAUUCCCAUCACCCACAGGAACAGUUGCUAAUUUUGCUUGGGAGGCUAAAUGGUCCCAUGCCAGUAGAGGAGAAGCGAACUUUGGUUAACAAGGAGGCUCUGGAACUACUCCGCACAGAUCCCUCCGUGGAGUUAUGUGGACGCCUUGCAACACACAGCAUCCAAGUACCAGACAAUGAGCGGGUUACACUGGAGCUGUGCCGCAUUGCAGACCAGCUGUACCAGAAUGGGAAACUUGGGUGGGGUACCAAGUCUCCCAUCACCAGCCACACUGGUAAAGAGAAAGGUCAUGCGUCUAAUACAGCGCCUUUCUCUGCCGUCGCUAGCGGAGGCGUGUUCCCCAAACCGUCGGAGGAUGACUGGUACUGGUAUGCGGAAAUUCUGCUUCAUCAGGCGAAUGUGCUUGGACGCUUGGGAAGUGGCCUUGAGCGGUCCAGGCGGAUUGAUUUGGAAAAGCAGGUUCUUGUAGCCAUCACCAACAGUGCUAUUGCAGCUUCUCACGGCCCAGUGUCUACACGUGUAUCACAGAUAACGGAGGCUUAUCAUGCUUUUUGUUGUGCCGCAGGAUCGUUGAGUGGGGCCUUGCGUCCGCUGCUUUUUACAAGCCUUCGUAUAUUGCUUUCACCAUCCUUGUUGUCCGUGGCUUUGUUGUCUUCGCGUGGGGGCGGGGGCAACAGGGACGGUGAAGGUCUUGCAGAGCGGGAUGCGGUAUCGUCGCUCAUUACGACCAUGGCUGCCAUUUUUCUCUCAGGUCUGUCGGAACAGGGUGCUUAUGAGGAAGGAAUAAAAGCACUAAGGGAUCUUCUUGCUGUGCUGCCGGCGAAGUACCAUAAGUUGUUUCGGACGUAUGAGGCCCAAUUUCGCUCCAAUCUGGGGCUUCCUACGGCGCAGUUGGUCAACAAAGUCAAGGGCGGUGAUCCUGAAAUUGAGGCGGCGGUGCGCAUUGCCAUCGCGAAGAACGCCAAAAGCAUUGCAGAUAGUACAAAUGGUUGGAUGCAGGCCAUUGAGGUUUUGCAAUGCAAACCUCUUCAAAGGGCAGAGGCACUUAUUCAAAUGUCGGAAUGGAUGACCAUUCGUAAUGCAGUUUCCAGACGUGAGCUUAUAACCCUGCUACUUUCUGCCUUGGACUCUGUAGAGCGAUUCAGCGAUUGCCAAAUGUAUCGCUCUUCUGAAGAAAGCGUGCGGGAGGGAUCGGUGUGGAGUCUGCGGCAGAUGAUGACGUCUUCGUUGGCUGGACGCACCUUUCUCUACUUGGAUGCAGCCUCCACGCGCUCUGGAACAGGCUCCACUGGGGUUGUAGGUGAACUGUCCUCUCUCCGCGAGACCAUGACCGCGAUUCGGAUUAUGUAUCUUCUUUUUGUGGUGGCGCCGGAGAAACCCCUUGACGGGCAUCAAUUUGCCAUCUGUAGGCGUUCGUGUGCCUCUACAAUUCUUCAUUACGUCUUCUGCAUGUGGAGCAUUGUCUCGGCUCUUAUACCGCCCAAAGACACCGAUGCAGAGGAUGGCCUGAAACAUCAUCCAUUGGAACUCCCAGAAGAAUUUCACGCAUGGCAAGGCUUUUCCGCGGAUCCACAUCAUGUAGAUUUUAUUCGCCUUUCAUGCCCAGAUGACGCCUCACACAAUACAGAGAAGCUUUGGGGAAUGCUAUUUGAUGUGUGUGAAUUUCUUGUAGAAGAACAUUGGGAGCCGUUUACCUUUAUGAUCUUUAGUUGGAUUGAAUUUGCCGCAACUUGGCGAUAUGGGGCUUCUGAUCCGCGUACUAUGGUUGUUAUCCGUGCGAUUCGUUGCAAGUGCCAGUUGGCGGGCGCACGCAGUGGAUGGGGAGGUUCAUGUAGCAUGUAUCACGUGGAGGUGCCCACAGCCGAGUAUUGGUCGAGCAUUCAGGAACUACUUCUUUCAGCAGAUGCUCCACCAACCUCGUUACCCCGAUCGAAUGGAAUAGUGUGCUUUACGAGUUUUAGAGCCAGCGCCUGCUAUUGUGUCUUGAGCGAGGCGGAGGAUCUCUUUCUUCUUGGACGGGUGCAGGAGGCGUUACAGUGGAGCGGAAGGGUGCUGCCUUGUGCAAUGCAUGUGGGCAAUAUCGAUGCUGUGGUGCGUUGUCACCUGUUGGAGGCGCGUGCCCGCAUAUUACGGGGUGAGGGGGUUUCUGUGGUCACGCGUCUGCGUGAGCUUGAGGAGGAGUUUAGCGGUAUCACGUUUCGAUUAUGGACAACACUGAACUUGCUGCGGUUUGAAGCCUUACUUAGUUGCGGGCAGGUGAACGAGGCCAUCAGUCUUGCGAGGGAGCUGCCGCAAGCUCUCUCGCUCCGUGUGAAGAAGAUUGCUGCUGACGGCCUUGCUGGAGAGAUCGCAGCGGAUGUAUUAAAAGAUUGUAACAGAAGAGCACUGCAUGGGUUUGCCCAGCAGCUCGUGGCGCUUCUGCAUCUUCCUUGUCAUCGCUUUUGUUGGCCAGGGGAGAGCGAGGAGGCUGCCAGAAGUUAUCUCGCAGAGAUGGCCGAGCAGCUGCAGAGAAUGGAGGAUUGGAAGAGUCGAUCUGUUGCGCUGCGUGUCCGGCGGAGUUUGCAUCCUUCGGUGGAGGAGGUGCUCUCAAGCAUGGACGUGGAAAAGGGGAAAGAACUACUGAUGCUCUUGUACGCGGAGUACUGUGAGGCUUUUCAGGUGACCGAGUUGAUUCGCAGUGAGAUGAAUGUGGUGACACCUCUUUCCUUGUACACAAAAGAAUUUGCUACCCAUCCCAGCAUUGUGAAGGCCUAUGACGAGGUGUUGUUUAUGCGGGCUCAAAAUUGCCUGGAGCGAGAGAUGUUGAAAGACUUUUUACUCCUGCACUACGAUCAACUGUCGAUGGAGCAGCUUGGCAUACCGACAGGGGGACCGAAGGAGUUGGAUGCCUCUGUUCUUCAGUACAUGCGAGACCCCGCGGCAUACGAGAAGCGUAGAAAUAGUAUGGCUCCUGAGUGCGGCCAGGAAACAUCAGAGGGAGCCUUGGACGAAGACGUUAACCCACACACAGAUGUGGUGUGUGCGCUAAAUCACUUUGGCAUCUCACAGGCGCAUGUGGAGGGGGCAAGUAGUAUGGAGGCUGAGGCCAUGCUGCUUCGCGUCGUAGACGCCGAUGGAGUGUGUACGCCAGUGCAAAUGGAGGCUGUUAUCUGUGCCUCUCUAGCCGAGCUGCAUAGACGGCUGAAGGCACUUUGCCAAGCAGAGGACGCUAAGCGGUCUGCAAUAUCAACAGUGACGACGCGCGCCGAGGUGGAAGCGUGGGCGUGUUCCCGUGGGAACGACACAUUAACAGAGAAAUGGCGUUUUCCAAUCCCGGUGAUGGAAGAGCUCACUGGCGGUAAAUCAGGUCGGAAGACAAUGUUACCGCUGCGUGGAAGGUCGAGGAGGCCAACUGCCACGGAGCCACAAGUACUGGAGGACAAACCUGUGAAUCUCUGGGUGGAUGAAAACAGCAACUUGCCCUCCAUGCUUCAACUUGGUGCCAAACAUGCUUUACGUUUAUUGGAAUACAAGGAGUUGGCAAAAUGCUACAUUGGUAUGGCGCAUGAUCUGACCCUCUCUGGCAGCCUUUGUGCCGCUGGGACCGCCAUUGAAUGCUCUCAGGCGGCAAAAAUGUGUGGCUUCCUGCUGGAUAUUCAGUCGGCGCUGCUUCAAAGUUCACCUGAAAGUAAUUUGAUUCGAUUUAUAGAAAAUAUGAAGUUGAAUACGCCUUUUCUCCUUAACACACCUGUCUUUGACACUGUACGUGGCGUUUUGAUGAGUACCUCCAGCAUGCUUAGCUACUUUGAUCGUGCGCUUGAGUGGCCUGUAGAGCCAAAUAAACCGAAACCACUUGCUUUAGAUUUUUGUGCCCUUAGCGUGGUGCGGGAGGAGUGCACCCCAUACUUUCUAGUGGCCCUGCGCUGUCCAGAUGGUGAGGUGUAUAGUCGCAGAGUGCAGCUGGAUGUCCACUCCCUGCUAGAGUGCGGCGACGAGCUUGAGAGCCUCAAGCAGCUUAAAAAAGAUGAAAUCAUCAAGCAGAAUGCUACGAGGAAAACUUCUCUGGAGGGAAACAGUUCUUUUCUUUUACAGUCUCUUUUGUAUCGACUUCAGGAUCUGGCGGCUCCUUUGUGGGCGGAUUUUAACGGCAUCAUUGGCUGGCUCGCACCUAAGUGCCAUAUCUUUCUCUGCCUGGACCCCAUUCUUCAGUUGCUGCCGCUGGAGCGACUGCCAGUGUUCACACAAUUCUUGUCGAUUCAGCGUGAGCUGUCAGUUGCUCAUAUUCGGCAUAAACUGUUGAUUCGUAGCGGGAAGCCAUCCUCCAGCGGAAGCCUCUUCAUCGUGGACCCACUUGGGGAGCAUGAGACGUCGCUGCAGGCUCUGUUUGGCCCAGAGACGCGUCCAAAGGCAGCCACAAGCGAAAUUAUUUGCUCGAAAAGGGAUCCCAACGGUGCGUUGUGUAACCCUUCGCCAUUGUGUGUGCGUCAAGCGUUAACCGCAGCCAGACACAACACGCUUCUUGUCGACGUCUGCGGUAGUUUUACAGACCUUUUGAACCCACGGACCCUGGUGGAGCUUAAUUUGGACCACAUGAUUGCGGCCCUUGUAGCGGAGGGCACCAAUGAUAGUUCCCUGCGCCGUGAACAGAAGGGACGUAUGAUCAAGACGACAUUAAACCUCUUUUACGAGCGGCAAUCCAUUGUAUCCCUCCUUUUUCUGUCGCGUGGUGUGCAGUACUUUUGUAGUAAUGUCUUUCUCCCACUUUCUCCAGAGGAAUGCGAUCUCGUCUGCCGCCGCUCAUUGCCUGCUAUUCUUGGUGGCGGUAAAGGUCUUUUUGAUGCCGUUCGCGGUGGCACAGGUGAGGGCGCGGAUUCACUUGCCUCGGCGUUUCUCUUUUAUGGUGUGCCCCCCUCAGGGAAGCAGAAGUAG